CAUUAUUCUAGUGUAUUUGAUGACAAAAGUCAAAUUUUAAGUUAUGGUGAUGUAAAAACAAAGUAUUAGCUGUCAUUAAUAUGGAUAAAUAAUAUCCUUAAUGAACUAAUGAAUGAUCUUGCACUAAAAUGAACUGGAUUUAUCUCUUGACGCUAAUUCCAAUUCUGCUCACCCGGGCUUCCUUCUACAGCGAUGCUGCGUCUACAGCUAAGGAACGUCGUCAAUUAGCUACAGAUUUUAGCGACCAAGAAUCGUAUCUUGAGCCUGCCCCUAGAAUACUUCCCGCUCCGUACAUUAAUCCAGCACCAGAAAUUCUCCCUUCUCAAGCUAUAGACAACACAGGGGAUGUUGAGCCUGCAGGAGCGAUACAACCAGCGCCACAGAUCGAACCAGCUCCAGCUAUACUUCCAUCCAACGCCAUUAACGAGAAGGAUAGGGCGUCACCCAUGUCUAAGCGUCAUGGAAUUCAAGGCACCAAUGCCCCAAGACAAGCUGUUCACGAAGURUURGUAAUUGAGCAUCAAAUGGCAGGAAGCAGGAUUCACAGAUUUCCUCCUCAACCAAAGCGCAAAAACGCUACGAAUAAUAACAAACCAUUGCCAAUUUUUGCUCAUAUUAAACAUACACCUCAUAAGGCUUUACCACUGCACGAAGGACAGAAUAGCAAGACCACAAAGACUUCUUUUGAUACCGAUUUACUUGGAAGGAUAAAGGUGAAACACAAACCUAAUGGCGGCGAUAAACACAACAGCACAAAGUCUUCACAUUUUCGUCAAUUGUUGCUUGAUAGCAAACACACUGAUGGUAACACAUUGAGUACAAGUAAUAUGGAAGAAAGCCGAGACAGAGAUAAAGUUUCUUUCAAGUUUAAGUUCCAACUGAAGAACUUCAAACUCUCUAAACAUUCAUUCCGACCAAAGACUUACGACAAGAAGCAGAAACUGAAAAAUACUGUAAAGAAAAUAAUUAACAAAGAGAAGAAGAGAGAGACAAAACAAGCRGCAAAACGCGAGGUUCGUUCUUCAAACCGCUGGCCAAAAGCACUGAGAAUUCACAUACAGAGAAUCACUUCGAAAAGGGAUAAACGUCAAGUAAUGUUACCUUUGAAUAYCGGUAACCAAGCAACCAUGGAUCCACUACAACAACAGAUAGUACCAGGUUUUCCCCUUCCUCAGGAUUUACCGGAUCAACAACAGGUUUUAGGAGGAAUGGUAACCGGUCAAACUGGAAAUUCUCUCCUCCCGGAUGAAAGUCUGUUGAGAAGACAGAAUAUUUUGACUCCAUUUCUAGGUCAGGGAGAUCAACAACUUCCUCUUCAACAAUCUCCAGUUAUCCAGCCUGCAUUACCAAUACAACAGCCUUUAUUCCUGGCCCCAGUACAACAACCYAUUGAACAGUUCAACACAAUUCCUGCCAUAUCAACCAUACCAUACCAGAACACACCGCUAGCUCCGCAAUACGUCCAAACAGAACCUCAGACAACGACCGGUCGUUCUAGACACACGAUACCUGAAGCAUACCACGAGUAUACCCUUGAUGAAGAUUACGCUUAUCCGCGUCAUCAUCGACCAAGACAUCAUCAUCAACAUUACCGACCUUACGACGCGUACCGUAGUUUUGAAUAUACUUAUGGAAAAUCGCCUGGUAUAUUUGACGAUCUAAAGGAUAUCAGCAAUGAAAUGAAUAUAUUUGAUGACAACUAUGCACCCGACCAUCAUAUGCAAAGGGAAUGGGUCGAGGAUAGUUACGACGCGCAUGCGCGGAGAUACCAUCAUCAAAGACGUCAUCAUCGUAAACUUUUACGUAGUGAGUACGAUGAGUAUGAGCCUGGCGAUGAAGCGUCCCCACAAAUUCCAGCGGGGUACACGGACAGCCCGGUCUCCGGUAUUAGCCCGGCCCCCGGUAUUGGCGUCAAUUCCGAGGAAAAUCAUGGAAGAGAACCAAACGAGGCUGACGCUAGAGAAUUAGAGRCUCUUCAUGAUGAGGAAUCAGAGAAGACAGUAAAGCCCCCUGAAGCAAAUAGCAAAGAAGUCAAAACACCAACAGUUGCUCGCUUAGAAGCAGACAUAGAUGAAGAGUCGGAAGGAGCACUUGCAAAAAGAAAAGGAACAAUAAAACAGCUCGAUAAAGACGCWAUCAUGCAUCUCGACUUUGACGAAACGUCUGAUAAGAGAGAUUUGGUUAAAGACGCCAGUGGUAACGGCAAUGACGCUAGUCUAAUGGACGGAGCAGCAAUUACAGUCAAAACACUUGGUACUUGCGGACGGGGAGCGAUCCUUAAGAAGGGCGAAAUAUCCUACAAAGGAGCGUUCUUCAAGAGAAAACCAACCAAAGCCGUCACCAUAGCGAUGUGGGUCAAAUCCAAAAACCCUGGUUUUAUACGAUGGUUUGACGAAGACAACACGCCAGACAAAGGCUUCUUUGCCAGCACCAAAUCUGCGUCGGUGGGUAAGAACCGCUGGACACACUUAGCAGGCACGUUUGACACUAAGACUGGGAUAGCACGAAUCUACGUCAAUGGAAAACUCAAAGUUGAGAAAGCAGGCAAAAAGGACAGCGGUUUACCGCAGGAUUUUACAUCGACUGGAAUAGGCAGAAAGUUUGGUGAUACACAUGUAUCAUUCUUGGAUGAUGUUUACAUGUUUGACCGAGUCCUCUCAUCCKAUGAAGUGCRCGCUUUGUACARGAAAUGUCAGUUUAAUAGAAUGAUUUUGCACUUUGGAUUUCAACACUGGAAUGGGACUACUGARGURCUUAGUGAUCAAUCAGGACUUCAGAAUAACGCUACUCUUAAAGGAGGAGCCAAAGUUCGUCCUAAAGCUGAUUGCGAUAAGUGCGGUGCUUGCCUUGACCUUCAAUCACACAGUAAUUCUCAAGUUUAUYUAAAUUCCACAAAGUAUCGUCAAAAACCAAGAUCAGCAGUUUCUAUCUCUACCUGGAUUAAUCUAAACAGAACCAAAGGUCUUCAUUCSAUAUUCCAGGCAGUUAACGACAAAACAGGCAAUAAUCUAUAUAAUCUUGAAGUCAUAGAUGGUAAAGUUCACUGGCAAAGCAAAGAUAAAAAUGGUGAAAUCAUCUUCGAUGCGUUAACCAAUGARGUAACAAUACCMGAAGGACUCUGGUGUCACGUGACAGGUACCUACAGCGCCAGGAYUGGAAAUGCAAAGAUAUAUGUCAAUGGUCUUUUAAGAGCCAGUUUUCAAAAUCCUGAAGAGCCGGAAUUGUCAACAGCUUGGACCAAGGCGAGCAUUGGCGGCCAUUUUCCUGAUGACAAACCUUUUAAUGGGAUGCUGGACGAGUUUUUUAUGUAUAAUUGGGAGCUUGAUUCGUCAGAAGUCCGCUUCGUUUCCAAAUAUUGUGCUGAUAAACCUAAGCUUGUAUCAUUCACUGUCAAAGUCCCUAUUCUGUAAUAACAAAAAAACUGUUUCCGAGUAAAGAAAAUCGCCGUCUUCAKGUUGGUUUUGCUGUGGAAACAAAGGAAUGGAAAUCUUCCCAGUAUUCCCAUCAAAACUUUGUUGGGGUUUUGGCUCAUUCCAGGAAGAACCCUGAGCAUGCACUUAACUGACCAGGAAAUCACCCUCAUAUUUCUUGUCCGGCAUGAUAACACCAAACAUCAUUGGAUUAAAGGAUUUUUUUUGUAAUUUUUCGGCAAUGAUUUUAUCGAUGUGUGAAUUUUAUAUCAUAGAGCUCUGUAUAUAAAUUAAUGCUAUUAAUAUUGGCACAAUAAAUACGCGGUAAUAAAUCAUGAAAAAUGAAAAAAACUGUACUGAAUCUAYGAAGCAUUUAUUCAACAACUGUUGCACAUCUGCAUAUGCCACGAUGAUUUCUGGGUAGGCWUUYCGAAAAUCAAAAAUAUUAAAUAAUAAUAACAAAGAAAAAAAACUAAAACUGACGUGAAGAGGCUCGAGCACUUACGGUAAUUUGCCCGUAAUUUUGCCAAUUACUAGUGAGUGUCUCCACUAAUCGUCCAUGAUUUUGAGGCGUAUUUAAUUACAAAAACUCUUGUGUUUUAUCAGACUUCAAAUCACUUGAAAACAAUUAAAUAAAUCAGCCUCGUCGUUUCAAAAAGUUUUUAUCGUGUAUGAAACACUGCAUUCACGUAUUAGUCCUUUACCACARGUGUUUAUUCCAUAAAAAGUGUUAAAAGAAUUAUUUCUGAACCUUACAUGGAAAUCUUGAAAGAGAACGGUCUGGAGAAGCUUGAGYCAAAAUAUCAAGUCAGCGGUUUCAUAAACCCAAAAUAACAUUGGAAUUCUCAUAACACACGACCUCAAACACAAGAAAAUAUUUGUAUAUCAGUCUAUAGCAUGGAUAUUUUUGAACUAGAAUUAAGGAUAUUUAGGUUGAAUAUAUUGUUGAUGUUUUCAUUGGAUGGCACAAUAAUAAA